AUGGCCACUGCACCAAAAGAAGCAGAAAAUGCAAUUGGAUUAGAGGAAAUCCACACAGAGAAACAAGAACCCCCAAGAGGGCAGAAGACAUUUACAGUGGAAGAAGCUGUGGAAACUAUUGGUUUUGGGAGGUUUCACAUCAUGCUUUUCCUGAUCAUGGGCAGCACUGGAGUGGCUGAAGCCAUGGAGAUCAUGCUAAUAGCUGUUGUGUCCCCUCUCAUUCGAUGCGAGUGGCAGCUUCAAGACUGGCAGGUGGCUUUAGUGACAACGAUGGUGUUUUUUGGCUACAUGGUCUUCAGCAUUGUGCUCGGGCUCCUGGCUGACAGGUACGGACGCUGGAAGAUUCUGCUGCUUUCAUUCCUCUGGGCAUCUUAUUUCUCCCUGCUGACCUCAUUUGCCCCAUCCUAUGCCUGGUUUGUGUUCCUGCGGGGCAUGGUAGGAGGUGGCGUGUCAGGCCACGCGCAAGGGCUUAUCAUAAAAACAGAAUUUUUACCCACCAAAUACCGAGGAUACAUGCUGCCCCUAUCUCAGGUGUUUUGGUUAGCAGGAUCCUUGUUAAUCAUUGGCCUGGCAUCAGUGGUGAAUACAACCAUUGGCUGGCGGUGGCUGAUCAGAAUUGCUUCCAUCCCUGGCAUCCUUCUUAUCCUGGUGUUCAAGUUCAUCCCAGAGUCAGCACGGUACCACAUGUCCACGGGAAACAUGGCAGCUGCCCUGUCCACGCUGCAGAGGAUAGCCAAGAUGAAUGGGGCAACGAUGCCCGAAGGGGUGCUGAGAGAGCCCACCAAGGAAAGGAGAGGAAGAUUCAAGGACCUUUUCCACCCCAAAUACCUCAGAACCACUUUGCAAAUAUGGAUCAUAUGGCUUGGCAUAGCUUUCGCUUAUUACGGGGUCAUCCUGGCCAGCACUGCGUUACUGGAGAGGGACCUUGUCUGUGGCUCUGCAGCACCACUGGAGCAGGACCCUGGCGAUGACUCUGAGGAGCACCACAGCCCCUGCCACUGCCAUUUGUUCGGGCCCGUUGCCUACCAGACCAUGAUCAUCAGCACAGUCGGAGAGAUCGCACUAAAUCCCUUGAACGUUCUCAGCAUCAACAUCCUUGGAAGACGACAGAGCUUGUGUAUCACCAUGGGGUGUACAGCCCUGUUCUUUCUGCUCCUUAACAUCUGCACCUCAAGUGCAGGCAUGACUGGGUUUCUCUUCAUGCUGCGUGCCUUGGUUUCAGCAAACUUCAACACCAUCUACAUUUACACAGCAGAGGUUUAUCCCACGACAAUGAGAGCCCUGGGGAUGGGAACAAGUGGGUCAUUGUGCCGUGUUGGAGCUAUGGUGGCCCCAUUUAUAUCACAGGUUCUUAUGAGUGCUUCUUUCACGGGGGCCCUGUGCCUUUUCUCAUCUGUGUGUGCUGUGUGUGCAAUCUCUGCCUUCACGCUGCCCAUUGAGACCAAGGGCAGGGCACUGCAGCAAGUAAAAUGA